AUGCCUGGGAACGGCUCCUUCCGCAACUGCUGCGAGGCGGCCGGGCGUGCCCUGCGCCCGGGCUGGCCCGGAGCGGGCGGCGGGCAGCCGUCCGGGCACCCUCGGCCCCCCUGGGUGGCGCCCGCUCUGUUCUCCGUGCUCGUCUUCACCACCGUGGUGGACGUCCUGGGCAACCUGCUGGUCAUCCUCUCGGUGCUCAGGAACCGCAAGCUCCGCAACUACGCAGGUAAUUUGUUCUUGGUGAGUCUGGCGUUGGCUGACCUGGUGGUGGCCCUGUACCCUUACCCACUGAUCCUCAUGGCCAUCUUCCAUGACGGCUGGGCCCUGGGGGAGGUGCACUGCAAGGCCAGUGCCUUUGUGAUGGGCCUGAGCGUCAUCUGCUCUGUCUUCAACAUCACGGCCAUCGCCAUUAACCGCUACUGCUACAUCUGCCACAGCGUGGCCUACAGCCGGCUCUACCGGCACUGGCACACCCCACUCUUCAUCUGCCUCGUCUGGCUCCUCACCGUGGUGGCCUUGGUGCCCAACUUUUUUGUGGGGUCCCUGGAGUACGACCCCCGCAUCUACUCCUGCACCUUCAUCCAGACGACCAGCACCCAGUACACCGUGGCGGUGGUGGCCAUCCACUUCCUCCUCCCCAUGGCCGUCGUGUCCUUCUGUUACCUGCGCAUCUGGCUGCUGGUGCUCCAGGCCCGCAGGAAGGUCAAGUCCGAGAGGAGGCUGCGCCUGCGGCCCAGUGACAUCCGGAGCUUCCUCACCAUGUUCGUGGUGUUUGUCAUCUUCGCCAUCUGCUGGGCCCCGCUCAACUGCAUCGGCCUCGCCGUGGCCAUCAGCCCAGAGGAGAUGGCUCCUCGGGUGCCGGAAGGGCUCUUUGUCACGAGCUACUUCCUGGCUUACUUCAACAGCUGCCUCAAUGCCGUCAUCUACGGGCUCCUGAACCAGAACUUCCGCAGGGAAUACAAGAAGAUUGUCUCGGUCCUCUGGAACCCGUGGUUCGGCUUUCGGGACACGUGCAGGGGCGGCCACGCUGAGGGGCACCAGGGCCAGGAUCUGCCUGUUGUUAAUGCCCAGCACCCCGUCCAGCCAGGCGCUCUCUAGCCUGGAUCAGAGACACACCGGCUGGACGGCACACUCGGCACUGGUAGGAGGGAAUCUGCUCCAAGAUCAGACAUUGUGUUGCGUUGUCCUGUGAGCGUGACAGCCCAUGGCAUUUGGAACUUCAACCUGUGGACAGGAGCCUGUUGCCACCCUUGGUUCAUGCUGGUCAAAGGGACAGCUACAGGUACCGGGGGCCAGGUCCCGCAGAGCAUAGGCCUGGACCUGGCAGACACUCUCAGUGGUGCAUUCAAGGCUUGACGGCUACAAGGUCUAAAGAAGAGACUGAAUAAGGAAAGGCCUGGGGCAGAAGCAGCUAAUUCUUUCCCAUCGGGCGCUCUCAAUCCCUUAGUCUCCUUGCUGCUUUCUCUUUUCUCCCCUGAGUGGUGGCAGGAAUGGACAUCUUCGAGUUAGCAAGAAUAAAAGAGAAAGCUCUGCAGAGCUGAAAGGUUUUGGAUGAUGGCCCAGGAGCUGAGAGAAGGAAGGGGCAUGGGAAAAACUUGGGACUUGGGGCCAUGUACAUAUUCACAUGGAACGGCUGUGACUUAAAUAAAGACACUUUUGCUAUAAUAGUGUGG